AUGCGCGAGCCCAAAGGGUUCAAGACUACUGCAAAGCAUCCCAGAUGGAUUGCUGCCAUGGAUGAGGAGCUUCAAGCUUUGCAUCACAAUCACACUUGGGAUUUAGUGCCCCGACCUGCAAAUACAAAUAUUGUGGGAUCCAAAUGGGUCUUUCGCAUCAAGUAUCUCGCAAAUGGUUCCGUUGAUCAUCUUAAGGCCCGUCUUAGUGCCAAACUAGUUGAUAGUAAGCCCGUGAGCACUCCCGUGGUCGUUGCACAUCACCUAUCUAUUGAUGGUCCUGACUUUGAUGAUCCCUCACUCUUUCGGCCCCUUGUUGGUGCUCUUCAAUAUCUCACUAUCACUCGGUUAGACCUUGCUCAUGCUGUCUUUGCAGUAAGUCAAUAUAUGCAAAAGCCUUCCCUUUGCCACUUUCAGGUUGUUAAACGAAUCCUACGCUACAUCAAGGGUACCUUGCGGAAUGGCCUCUCUUUCACUCCAUCUUCUUCCUACAAUAUUCUCGCUUACUCAGAUGUUGAUUGGACUGGCUGUCCUGAUACACGACGGUCUAUCUUUGGCUAUGCUAUUUACCUUGAUGAUAAACUUGUCUCUUGGCAUUCCAAGAAACAACCGACUGUGUCUCGUUCAAGUUGUGAAUCAAAAUACCGAGCGCUUGCCAGCACCACUAUUGAAGUCAAGUGGCUUGGUCAUCUUCUUCAUGAUCUCAAGGUGACAUCUUCAUCUUCUCUGAUUCUACUUUGUGAUAAUCAAAGCUCCAUAUUUCUUGCCACAAAUCCAGUCUCUCACAAUUGCUCGAAGCAUAUUGAGCUUGAUUAUCAUUUUGUGCACGAAUUGGUGGCUUUCGGAGAACUUUGGCUUCAAUAUGUCCCUACCAAUCUCUAG